AUGCCCGACGAAACAUGUGCCUUCUGCCUUGGCGACAACACCGAGGUGCCACCUUUUGGCACGUUGAAAGACGCCCAGAACAUGCUUCUACCAUGCUCCACAUGCAGUUUGGUCUCCCACCGCAAAUGUCUUGUUGACUGGUUCAACAGCAUCCCGGUGGCGCAAAUCUCGCGGAACUACAAUCCCGACGAUUCCGACGCGGGCGACAGCCUGAUUACCGAUACCUUUCCUCGAGCCCCAGAUGCACAGCCUUGGGUGUUUGAAAACGACGUCGACGCCGAGCAAAAUGUGUUUGACGUAUCGCUCCGAUCGCGCUGGUUCACGGUCCUUGGCCAGUACAGCUCCGGGACUGCCAGUCCGACCGGCCUUGGCACAGACCACGCAAAUCACGGCGAGAAUCCAUUCAUGGACCCGGACCGCGUGUUUCUCUCGGCACCCUGCCCGCAGUGCAAGUCCAAAAUCACGUUCCAGGUCCGGAGACUGCCGCUCUUGACGUUGAAUCGGGUGAUCCGCAAUACGAUUUCCGACACCGUACAGUACUCCGGAAUUCUCGCCGGUCUCACGGGUGCCGCUACAGGCAUCGUCACAAUGGGCUACGUAGGCCUUGCGCGUUGUGGCGUGUCGAUCAUCGACGCCAUCGUACCUGUCUCUCUCAUUUCCCCGCUUUUCAGGCGGAACCCCCUGGCACUGGACCGCUUGCGGCCACAGUCGCUACUGGAUCUGUUGAACGGCCAGCUGGGCUCUGGAAAGUCAUCCUUUCUAGCUCACCAACUCAAAUUCCAGCAUAUUCCGCUACUUCCUGUGAUGCUCUAUCGCAUGCGCUUCCUGCUGCUUCUAGAUUGCAUUUUCCGGAAGAAUCCUACUGCACUGAUGACAGAGUGGAUCAGCGAGUUGCUUCUUUGCAACUAUAUCUCGUCUUUGGGCAAUCACACGUUGGUGAAGCAAGUGUAUCAGAAUUUCAAGACUCUCGUGGCAAAAUCAGCAACAACCAGAUCAUCGCUUCCACAGCUCGGGCUUCUUUUCAAGGAUGUAAACUGGUGGGACCCCGCAGUCAUGGUCGCAGCAACCAUCCCUGCCCGAUGGCUCUACGAUUUCAUUUACAAAUUCACAGUAAACAGGCUCCAUUUCGAUCUCAACGCAUCUGUGCGUCCCAGAGAAACCGCCAAUUCUUUGGACCCGCUGCAGUUAAGCGAGUUAGAGGAUUUAGAGACGCAAAUCACUGGUCUCCUGUAUUGCAUUUCCCAACGAGUGAAGCAUGCUCGUGGCAAAAACCACUCCUUUGGAAGCUAUUCCCGUUUACUCAAAGAAUUCGCUCGGCUCCUUCGAGACAGGACAGCUUUCAAGUAUUUCCAUUUGAAGGUGCUUUACUGGUAUUAUAAACUGAAGGCAUGCAUGCAGCAUGACUACUCCUCAACGCUUCUAUACAGACUGGCUAUUGUAACAGGAGUGACUACGGUGUUGUGGCCGUUCAUCUCGGUUGAUAUAGGGAAGCUUAUCUACGGGCUUUGUAUUCUGAGAAUAUCCUCCUUCGAACAUGUUGACAAGGACAAACUCAAGUUCCUCUCAAAUUUGCUUGGGAUGGCUUUGGUGGCUUUAACCAAAGACGUGGUGAAUCUAUUUCUAUGUCACCAAAAAGCACGUCAAUUGUAUGAAUUGACGGUGGUCACUCAGCGUGAGAGUAAACUAGAGCAGCAGUCCAGCAGAACAGAUUCGAUGGCAAGGUUCCCUGGAGCAUACGAAAAUUGA